GUGACUUGAGCAAUAUGGCGGCACACAGGGAAGCCAUGGCGUUAGUGGCAACUUGUUUGCUUGUCCUUAUUGCUACCGCCAGUUGUAAACGGACGGUUACCACUAAAAUUAACUACAACUGUGAUGUCCCAGAAUGCCAGACUGGCUACAAUGGCAGUUUUGCCAAUCUUGUGUACGUUCGAGCACAAGAAAAAAGUGAUGUCGUGCAUUAUGCUAUCAGCACGAUACACAUUCCAACAAUGCUUGUGAUUCACACACGAGGAGAUGCAAAUAGUCAACUGAGUGUUAACUGGGAAAAACUUAUGACUGAAGAGGAAUUUAAUAAUGACUCUAUUUCAGUCAGUGAUUCCAGUAAAGUUGUCUACAGCUAUGCUGUGGUUUUUACAAAGCUGCACGAGUACAAUGACACGUCCGAUGCCGCAAGUCUCAGCUCCUACCCGAUGUGGAACAGUACGGAGCGGGUUGUGAGAGACUUCAAUGAAUUUGAAUGGAUGGAAGCGUCAGCAGUCAGUGGAGAGGAAAAUGCUUUUGUUUUUAAUUCAACUAGGUGGACCAACUCAACCGAUAACAUGUUGGGUCAAGAUGCUCCACGCAACUACACUCCAUCGCUGUCCUUUACUUUCCGGGUAUAUGCUGACCAAUCCCGUGAAACACACCUGCCACAUCUUCAGUACAACGAAAACGGUACUCAGUUUGACUUCACCCUUGACAACUUCAAGCCGGCCUUCUCCAUGUCCAGGUUUGCAGUAGAGCUUGCAGUCAUCAGUGACAGUCACAAGGAAGACAUGUCUAUUGCAGAGACCAAGUCUAUUGAUGAUGAGUACACGCCAGGUAUAUUCAGAAUUACCAAUUUGAUGGCCAGACCUAAAGACCCAGUUGAUGGAGUGUUUGUUCAAUGGAAGCCGGUCAGUUACCAGGACUCUCCUCGAUCCCGUUCCGUGGCCACCAGUGUGAAGAACUAUGAGCUGGGGGACACCAAGAAUGUCACCUCUUUGCUCAAGACCAGUUUGGCCUAUGCUUACUUUAGCGAUGCCUUGUUUACGGAUUCCAUGAACGCCAUUACCACCAAUAUAUCAUUUGGACUGUCUAAGGAUGGCUGUUACACCAAGACUAACUACACGUCAUGGACAGCCUCAGUAGGCUAUGGCAACCCACCCAUGGACAAAGUCUCCCUGCUGGUCAUUGGGGUCAUUCUCAGCUGGACUUGGCAUCCCGGUCAUCAUCAUCAUGUUUGGUGGCCUCUUUAUGUGCAUCAGAAAACAGCGCAAGAAGAACUAUCGCCAGCUACAAGACGUCUCCGCCAGCUACCCACAGAAUGGCGUGGCUACAUAGAAGCAGACGAGCUACUACUAGGCGGGGAUACAACGUGAGAUACUACUGGUUCCAACAACUGACACUAACACCACCGCCAGUAGUCUCCAUUCCAAGGGUUCGAAUCUGGUCUUUCAUUUCAUGUACAUAAUGCUGGUAUUAUGUGUAUAUGUGUGCAUGUGCAAUAUUUAUUUAGUUCGGGAAAAUAUAUGUAAAGCAGGUAUUAUGUGUAUAUGUUGCACGUGCAAUAAUAAUUUAGUCCGUUAAACGUGUAUAUAAUGCAGGUAUAAUGUGUAUAUGUGCUAUAAUUAUAAAUUGUUAUGUCCGGGAAUACGGUUUACUUCAAUACAUUGUACAUGAAGUUAGUCUCAGGGGAAAUGAUGUGUUUACGUAGUAUUUUUGUUUUUCCGAAUACCAUAUUAAUAUAUUGACUUCCCUCAAAUUCAUAUUUGAUUUUAUGUGAUUUGCAAUAUCAGUUUGAUCAUUAUGUUAGCUAAAUUACCGUGUUAAGUUUUUAACAUGAAUUAUUGUAUAGCACGACUUUCAAAUAUUUGUCUGGGAGCUGUAGUGUAUAUUCUGAGAUACUUCGUAUAACAAAGAGAAAUGUAUAAUAUACCCAGGUGAACUGACUGCUGGAAAUAAUCUAGGCUGAAUUACCAUAUCACUCAUCGAAAUGUCAACAAUUAUUGUAGCAUAGCCUGCUGUCAUGGCAUGCAGGUAACAUUCGUUUUACGAUACAAUAUAUGUGUGGAUUAUGUCAGAGUGAUUUUCAACCUUUUUAUGCAAAAUCAGCUGUGAUUGUAAAAUAUUCUUUGUAGUCUACACAUUUGUAAAUAAACAGAGAAACCUA